AAAAGGACUCGGAUAUUUUCUUGUGUACACUUGAACUUCGAAGGCUGGCGCAAUACAGGAAUUUUAAUGCAAAUAUCGCCACCGUGACAAUCGAUGUCGUGCGUACCCACUCGUUCUCUCCUUGCCAAAACCUCUGAUGCGACACUAGCCCAGAUCCUCGACAGACACAGCGCCAAAGAGGUUCCCACCGCAAUUCUUCACUCAAUACUUUUCCAUAGGCUGUUCGGCACCGUGAAGCCUCAAACAUUCGAGGUCCUUGAUGUCACCAUGCCAGGUGUUUCGGAUCCUGAGAUGGAGCAACUCGUGACUGAGAAAGUGGAUAUUUUGGAAAGGCAUCGAGAGUGGCGCAAAUAAACGUGGUCAGAUCAUAGUAACAUUUUCGGAGAAAAAGGCGA